GGACGUGGACGACAGGAACAUGCAGCUGAUCGAGCAGCUGCGGCGGCAGACGGAGGAGUACAAGCCCGUGUUCACGUGCGCGAUCUGCCUCACGGAGCACGAGGUCGAGGGCUGCUGCACCCUCCCCUGCCAGCACAGAUUCUGCUUCGAGAGCCUCCAGUACCACUUCGACAUCAUCGUUCGUGAGAGGCGCCUCAGCAAGCUCACGUGCCCAGUUGAUGGCUGCGGCUGCAACCUGCGCUCGCAAGAGUCCAUCCACAUCUUCCAGCAGUGCCUCUCGGAGCAGACGUACCACAAGCUGCUGGAGUUCUUGACCAGGGACGACCCCCACAUCUUCGAGUGCAAGCACGUCGGCUGCGAGGAGAGGGUCUUCCUCGACGACGGCGACGACUCCACGGACCUCGCCUGCCCCAACGGCCACCGCUUCUGCGGCGGCUGCGAGCACGGCCCCCACCCGGGCGUGUCGUGCGAGGCCCCCGCGGGGGGGAGCGAGAGGGGAGGCGGCGCGCGACCACGAGGAGGCGUGGGAGAGCGCCCUGGCUCUAGGCUGGAAGCCCUGCCCGAGGCAAUGCAAGUACGGCGGCGGCUACAAGGCCCAGGAGGAGUGCGACCACGUCACGUGCGAGUGCGGCUUCGAGUUCUGCUGGGACUGCGGCGUGGAGCGACAGGUCGCCGACGAUAGGACCGGUGCACAAGCCCUCCUGCCGCUACCACACGCCCCCGCACGAGGUCGCGGAGCGGCCGAGGGCGGUGGCCGGCUGCCCGGAGUGCAAGAAGAUGAGCUGGGGCCGAUGCUGCCCGUUCCCCGCGGACGACGGCUACCCGCACUCCUACGUCCGCCGGCGGCGGGCGACGUCCUCUGGCGCGCAGCAGGCGCUCACCUGAGCCGCGGCCGGGCUCUCCAGCGGGCGGGGCUGCUGGUGCGUUUAAUAUCCAACAAUUGCAUUUAAAACAAGUCUGGUUUACGGUUAUGCCGUUUGUCCUUUUUCUAUUCUACGGCUGGUGAAGAUUUCCUCCCCUGGCGCGCCAGGCUUGCGGCCCGGCAGGGCAUCGGCGGGGCCCAGCCGUGCGCAAACGGCGCGGCUGGGUCGGCCGCGGCGUCUGGCAGUCAGAGGCGCGGCGCCGCGAC